GGCCCUUCUGGCGGGUUGCGGCUGGGUUUUCCCGCUUCCCUAGCUAAGGAGGCUGGUGGUACCGCCGGGGCCUGCUCGGAUCUUGUGCCUCCCUCGCGGGUGGGGAGAGCACCUUCCCCGCUUUCUCCUGACCCAGCCCGUGGCGCCGGAGGCAUCUCGCUGGGUCAGCAGCGAGGGAGAGAAUGGGGGGAGGGAAAAUGCCUUAUAAGAAGACUGCUGGAAAAAGAGCCCCUGCAAAAAGGAAACUUGCUGAAGUGUUUGCUCUGGGGGAGGUUCUAGCAGAUACAUCAAGAAAAGAAUGGAAAUUAGGUAUCCCUAUAGGGCAAGGAGGCUUUGGACGGCUAUAUCUUGCUGAUGUUAAUUCUUCAAAGUCAGUUGGCGGUGACGCACCUUAUGUUGCAAAAGUGGAACCCAGCCAGAAUGGACCUCUUUUUACUGAGUUAAAGUUCUACAUGCGAGCUGCUAAGCCAGAUGAAAUUCAGAAGUGGACUAAGUCCCAUAGACUGAAAUACCUAGGUGUACCAAGAUACUGGGGUUCUGGCUUGCAUGAAAAAAAUGGAAACAGUUAUCGAUUUAUGAUUAUGGACAGAUUUGGCAGAGAUCUACAGAAGAUGUAUGAAGAGAAUGCAAAGCGAUUUUCCCAUAAAACUGUGCUACAAUUAGGCCUGAGAAUACUUGAUAUUCUGGAAUACGUCCAUGAGCAUGAAUAUGUGCAUGGAGACAUCAAGGCCUCAAACCUUCUUCUGAGUUACAAGAACCCUAAUCAGGUGUACUUGGUGGAUUAUGGACUUGCCUACCGAUACUGUCCUGAAGGAGUCCACAAAGUAUAUAAAGAAGAUCCUAAAAGGUGUCAUGAUGGAACUAUUGAAUAUACCAGUAUUGAUGCACACAAGGGUGUGGCACCAUCGAGACGUGGUGAUCUGGAGAUUUUGGGUUACUGUAUGAUUCAUUGGCUUAGCGGCCAUCUACCAUGGGAGGAUAAUUUGAAAGAUCCAAAUUUUGUCAGAGAUUCCAAAAUCAGAUGUAGAGAUGAUAUUUCAGUUUUGAUGGACAAAUGCUUUCCUGGGAAAAAUAAACCAGAUGAAAUAGCCAAAUAUAUGGAAAAGGUGAAGCUACUGAGCUAUGAAGAGAAGCCUGUUUAUCAGCAUUUCCGAGAAAUACUUCUGCAAGGUCUUAAGGCCAUUGGGCAAAAAGAUGAUGGAGUACUUGACUUGGGCUUGUCAGAGAAUGGAGACUUGCAAACAAAUCCCAUGCAAAAGAAAAAAAGAAAAGUAGCAGCUGCAGCCAGUGAGAGCACUGAAGCAGAAAUGGAAGCUACAGGAAGUCCAGAAGAAAAGAAACCUACUUCUUCUAUCUUGUCUUUUUUUGUUGUUUGAAUUGCAGAUGCAGUAGCUACCAGAAGCCGGAAGAUGACCUCACCAAAAGCCAAGAAAGGCACAGCAACCAGAAGGAGAGUCCAGAAGUAAAUUAUAGAUGGAGCAACAAAUUAAGUUACUCUUUAGCUUAUCUCUGGGUUGUCUUUUUUAUCAGUUACCGUAGCACUGGAAUCUAAUUCUUUCCUUUUAAAGUGAUGAAUCCUAAAAACAUGAACUGUUGUUUGUACCUUUUUUGAAGAAUAGAUGUUUUAUUAAAAUAUUUGCAUAAUUUAUGAAUACUUAAAUACUAAUGCAAAAUUUUGCCAACUUUAAAGUGAGGAUGUGUUUUCUUUAUAUACACAAAUUCAUAACUUAAAGACAAACUAGAGUGCUUUUUUUCUGCUUUUUAAUGUAGAAAUAAAGCUUGAUUUACUUUCGUUGUGGGUACUUUAUAAAGAACAGUGGUGUUGCAUCUGAUUUCUUCUAAUUUUGAGUGAGUCAUAUUGAGGGUCAUUUAGAUGUACACCAGGAUAAAGUCUGAAAUGGUAGAGACACCUUUUAAAUAUUUUUCAAGUGGUUGAAUUAAAAAAAGAGAACGUAAGACAAAAAUCACAUCCUUGCAUUCUAGUUUGUUACAAAAUAUGUUUAAACAAUUAUUUGGAUAACUGGUAGUGAAUUUAUUAUAUUUUUUUUCAUAGUAUUUGUGUUUGUGUCACUUUUCCAAUUAUUCAGAUUUUCUCUGGAAAGGAGGAGACCAGAAUUUCAGACAUAGGGCCCAGGGCAAAGAAAAGAACAAACCAAAACCCAAAGCCCAUUCUCAGCCACCCCCUCACGUUUUCUUCUUAUGUUAGUGAAAAGUUGUAAUUAAUAAUAACUUUGUAAAGUGUCUAGUUCCGGUGAAAGCUUGACUCACAUGUGCUUCUCAUAACAAAAUAAUGGCUUACCUUUUUUUAAUAGUUGAGAAGCAUGUAACCUUCCAAAACCUUUCUUAAAAGUACUUCCUUGCCUGUCUUUGAGUCUUGUUUUCAGAGUUGUAAGUCAAAAAAUGCAGUAUUUAAUUUUGGUGUGAAAUACCACUACUUUACAUUUAGAUACUGCAAAAAAAAAUAUUGUUAGGGCAUGAACAUAAUUCUUAUCAGGGAGCCUGCUUUGUGAAGUUCGGCAAACCAAAAUGAAUCCACAUGAGCCAGUGGGUGGUGUAUUUGUGUGGAUGUCCAGUGCUCUGCUUGCUUGAUUUUAUGUCUGAGUUGCUACUGAAAUAAAUACGUUGUAGCAUAAAAUGUUGAAUGAAUGAUGAGGUUAUGUUUUGAAAACAAGGGAAUCCAUUGUUUUGAAAUAAAACUGGAAUAACAUAUUUAAAAGGUCUACUGCCUUCUUUCUUCUCUGACUGCUAUAGACUCAAUUAGCAAAGUGUGGCUGAUGGCUUUAAGCAUAGCAUUCUUUUCGUUUCAGAUGUAAAAAUAGGACUGCUAAAGCCUCUCAUUUUUAAAACUCCUGAAACUAUCUUUUUAAUUACUUCAUUUAAUCAUUUUGUUCAAAAAGUGUGUUACAGUAUUCUGAAGAACUGUUGUCAGGAAAGCAUGUUGUAUUCUCUUGCUGUCUUGCAUACUCAAAGUUAAUGUCAUUCUUUUGUACUUUAGUUAUUUGACAUUUUAAUUUUUUUAGUAACUUAUUUACCAGUAAACUUUCUCUCUUUGCUUUUGAA